UUAUAAAACUUGAUUAAGAAGUUCUGCUGUUAUCUUCUGAUUUUUGAACUCUGACAAUACAACUGUGACAUGAGAUAUGGGAAAUAGUCAAAAUAGGCUUGAUGGUGAAGCAGAUGGCCCGGAUUCAAAUUCUGAUAAAUCAGUUAAUUUCAACAGCUUCAAAAUUUUGCGAUCAAUUGGAAAAGGAAGUUUUGGCAAAGUAUGCAUGGUGCAAAAACAAAGCAAUGGAAGAUUAUUUGCCAUGAAAUAUCUAAAUAAAGUGUCAUGCAUCAAACAAAAUUUUGUUGAAAAUGUAAAACGAGAGAUUUCUAUGCUUUGUUUACUCAAACAUGACUUUAUUGUUAAUCUUUGGUAUACAUUUCAGGAUGAGGAAGAUUUCUUUAUUGUUGUUGAUUUACUGCUUGGUGGAGAUUUACGGUAUCAUCUGUCCAAACAUGUAUUAUUCACUGAAGAUGACGUUCGGUUGUAUAUUCUAGAAAUGGCAUCUGUUCUUGAUUAUUUGAAAUCCAAAUGCAUUAUACACAGAGACAUCAAACCUGAUAAUAUUUUACUUGAUGACAAAGGUCAUGCCCAUCUGACAGAUUUUAAUGUUGCAACUAUACUAGAUAGCGAAGAUGAAUUGGCUACAGGUUUUGCUGGUACAAAACCAUAUGUUGCACCUGAUGUAUGUCAGAGUAAGCUUGGAAAAAGCAAAGGUUACAGUUUUAAUGUUGACUGGUGGUCACUUGCAAUAACAAUGUUUGAACUGUUGAGGCACAAAAGGCCAUUUAAAAUUUCUAAUGAAACCACUGUGGAAGAAACAAUGGAAAUAUUUUCUGAGGGAAGAGUAUCGUUUUCGUCAACAUGGUCACAGGCUUUGAUUGAUUUAUUUUUAAAGUUAUUUGUUCUUGAUGGUAGUAAACGACUUUCUACAUAUUCUGAUCUUCAGAAUCAUGAAUUUUGUCAAGAUACUAAACUUGAGAAUAUGAAGCCACAUUUUAUACCUUCUAAUAAACAUCUGAAUUAUGAUCCCACAUAUGAACUAGAAGAAAUGAUGAUUGAAUCGAAACCACUGCAUAAGAAGAAACAGAGAAUUAAGAAACAAAGGGAAAGCAAGAGGCGGGAAACCAAUAAACCAGAGGACCCCAACAACAAGCAGGUUGAUAACUCGAACAAUAUGAAUGAUGAAAACCAUUCUGACUUAUUUAUAACUUUUAAUCGAGAUCUCAAUGACUUGAAGCCAGAUGAAGAUUUAUCGAAAGAGAGAUGUCAGACAUAUUAAAAUUUUUAUAUUCACUUGAAAAAAGUAUUUCAUCAGCAUAUUACCCCAGAAAUUGCGCAUUUUUAUUACACAUAAUGUUGUCUGCUUCCUAAAUCUGUUUCCAUAACAGUUCAUUAUAUUGUGUACUAUAUCAUGUUAGAAAAUUUCUAUUGCUUUGUAAGUGUUCCGCAUCGCUGCUAUUACAUUGAAAAUAUAUAUUAUGCGAGUAUAUACACAAUCAUUUUUAUUGUAGUGCAUGUGUCAAUUAUGAAAAAGACUGCAGUAGUUUUCCAAUGUCGCUUCAACGCAGUAAUAAGAUCUCCACUAUGAUCCGUCCGUACUAACGCAUAAGUUUACAAAAUAAUUUCAAGGAUUAUAUUGAAUUGUUGUCAGCCUUCUUGCCCGAUAAGUCAUAUUACUUAUAUUUUUACAGAAAGUGAUUUUUGAAAAUGUUAUUAGUAUUGCUUGACUGGAUAUAAAGUUUGAAACAUAUUCGAGUUGUUUAUUAGUUGGUUGUAUGCAUUUCACAACUUUUACUUUAAACGCCAUAGAUAAUGUACAUCUAUCUAUUCUACAAAUUUUGCUCAAUUUAGUUAUUUUGUAUACUUUCACAUUUCUGUUUUCUACUAUGACUAUUCUUUCAACCUUGGAUAUAUCAUCAAGAUUUAUAAUUGUCACAAUUCUCUUUUGAGACUAAAAUCUAGUGCUAUAAAGUUGUCAGUGAAAAAGUUGUUCACUUGUGACACGAUUGUUUGGUUACUUGUUGCACCUUCCGAAUGUGGCCAAUACUUUUUUAAGCACCAAUGAACAGUAAUUUAUGGUGAUCGUAUAUUAUGGCUAAUUAGCAACAGAAUUCAUUCUGCUUUCGUCUCAUGUGUUGUAUAAAUAUAUGAGGCUUGUAUCCAGUGGUGGGAUUCAGCCGGUUCGCACCGGUUUUGAGAUGAAUUUUUUGAGAUCAGCGAACCGGUUAUCAUCAAUGACUUUUUGUAACAGAACCGGCUCAAAAAAUUUGACUUUCGUGAUGUAACCGGCUGACAAAAAAUUCGAAUCCCACCACUGCUUGUAUUCAAACAUGGAGUUUUGAAGCCAGAUAUUAAAAUUUUAGGCUUUGACCUGGUGAAUUCAAUGUCCUCAACAAUUUUAUUGUUUGAUAUUUUUCAAGUUUCUUUCUACUUGCAUUGGUUGAAGAAUUUGAUUUGUGUUAAACACAUCUCUAAUUACUAACCCAAGCUACAAGCCCUAUAGAAUUCAUGAUUUUUUUAUUUUAUUUGUCAGCAGUAAGUUUGAAAUAAUAUUGCAGUAUUUUCAUUUCAUCACAUUACAUCCAGAUUUUUUAUCUUUAUUAAAUUUAAAUACAUUUGGAUA